CGCUGGCUGCCUCGCCUGGCCCUGGCGGGGAGCGCGAGCCGCCCCCGGGUCCGGCAAGCGGUGCUGCCGCGCGCUCCGGGCUGCAGCCCGUGCAGGAGAGGCGGGUCUAUCUUCAGGGUUUCAUGCUGAGUCCACCAGUUCAGGUCAAUAAAAGGACUUACCAUGGCAGGUAAAGGUGGCAAAUCCAAACGCAGCAAAUCCAAAGGCUCCAGGAAGAAAACAAAGAAGCCCGUGAGCGAAGUGGAUAUCCUUAGCCCAGCUGCCAUGCUCAAUGCCUACUACAUUUCUCACAAUGCUGCUGCCUGCCUGGAGUUCCGUGGCUUUAACUGGCCUGACUCCCCCAAAAAGAAAGGGAAGAAAGGAAAGUAGUAAUCAGAUGGAUGGAAGGCAAGGGACCCAUGAUACAGCAAGCUUCACCGUGAACAGGAGAACCCUUGUUAAGGAUUGAAAGCAAAGUGAUCACUCAGGUUUUUAACUCUUACGGUUUGCCAUAAUCCCUGUGAAGGCCAGUACUAAGACACUCUUGUUAUGAUUCGAGCAUAAGGUAGUAAAUGUUAAUUUAAGCUGCUUACUGUGCCAGUGUAAUAUUAACCAUCGCUGUUCGCCUGUUAAUUCUGGCAGCAAAUAAAACAUUGCACCUCUGUGAGCAAUUCUAAUGA